UAAAAUAACAACAAAAAUGUGUAGGCAAGCUGCUGGUUCGAGAGCACAUGCGCGACGCACCAACACAACCAAAGAGCUUUCAUUGAUUAAUAUGCUUGGUACGCGGUUUUCAUACCUAAACAAACCUUAUUUACUCGAAUGUUUUUGUUAUUCUUUUUUUUUUGCGCUCACUACUUCAGCAGAUGAUGAUAGAAAAUACACAGAAACGUCGUACAAGCGGAACAGUUCAAAAUCCGACUUCACAGCGACAAGUUGUUACCACGAGUUUUCGUACAUUUUUAAUCCUACAACAAAAAAAAAUUGUUAUUGUUUUGAGACUUUUUUAAAUUUUGAUACAGAUAAUUACCGAAAGACCCCUUUUUGAGAGGAAUUUCAAUAAAAAUAAUUUUAAUAACAAUUACAACAAGUUCUUUAGUGCAAAAAAAAAGUGACAUCUGCUAUUUCUCAGGUGUUCAAAACACAAAACCUUAAAAACUAUAAACUUAAGUGCGUACAAAAGAAAAAACGAAGAAGGGGGAAUAAAAUAGAACAAAAACAUAUUUCACCUAUAAGAACUUUUUUUAAUGAGAAUUGGUCAAAUUUAAAUUUGAGAGAGGAAACCAAGUGUAUAGAAAUGUUAAUUUAUUAUUAUUCGUAAUCUUCUUCAUUCAAAAAAAAAAAAAAAAAAAAUCAUAAAAAAGCGGAACACAAAAGAAAUAAAAUAAAAAUUCUCAAUUGUGCAUCGAAAAAACGCGAAAGGGGAAGAAAACUCUAAACUAGGUGAAACCAAUUCAAAUCACAUUCUUAUUAGGAUUAGUGUGUCAUGCUUGUGACAAAGAAGAAUCCGACUCUUUGUACAAAAAAAAUAUAAUAAGAAAUAAAAAGAGGGUCGUCCCCCUCGAAAAUUACAAAAAUCAUAUAUCACAGCAGAAAAUUUGGUGAAUCUUCCUCUUUUUUCUCUUUCUUUACAAAUGCAACUUUAUGAAUGAAUGAAAAAGUACAUUGAACUUCUGUACAUGUGAAAAAAUACAAUAAGAAUUCAUCCCCUCGCUUUAUUUCGAACCAGUUGCUGACUCACCUCUGCUGGAAUCUAUAAAUUUGGCAACAUCAUCGGGAGAUUCGGCAUUACAGCAAAGGCAUUUGUUGCAUCAGGACACGCUUGUUGCUUGCUGUAUGACGACGCGCGUUUGUUAUUGUUUUUUUCGCUAAAAAUAAUAAUAAUAAUAAACUUAUUAAAUAAAGUAAACAUUUGAAUUUUUAAUAUUUUUUUGGUAUAAACAUCAAACAAAAGUGAUAUUUAUUUGUAAACAUCAUCAUCGACAUAUUAUAUAUUGUUAUAAUAUUAAUAAUACAAAAUAAACAAAAAUUGUUCAAAUAAAAUCUCAAGUUACAUACGAAAAAUGAUACAAGUUAAUGAUAUAAAAUACAUAUAAAGUUGUGAAAAUGGAGUUAUUUGUGAAUUUAUUAAAUGACAAGUUUCCGAAUAUGCUUAAUCACCCCAUAUAUUCGCAGUCUUCUGAAUUUAACGCAAACAGUUACAACGUAUCCGGGGAAACAAAUCAAUUUGAUCAUCUAAUUAAAAUCGAAGAGGCCUCUCAAUACACCGAAAUGGAUUCCUUGAGCAACAAUCCGAUGCUUACGACAGCUUCGAUGCCGAUUCCCUCGCGUAACGACGGCAAUUCGAGCAACAAUGUGCGUCCUAUCCUCACGGACUUAUCCGAAUACGUCUUUGAGCUUGAUACGUCGCAAGAAUCCCCGCAACUUUUCAACGAUAUCAAUUACGGCGGCAAUACCACGUCGGGCGGCAUGAUGUUCGAGUUGCAAAGUCCUCCCGAAGUGAUGCUGAACCAAACGACCUUUUACACGGAUUUGAGUAGUCCGAAUGUUAGUAUCGUGAAUAAGCAGGAACCGUUCACGAUGGAUGAUUCUGAGGACAUUUUCGAAGUAGAUAAGGCUAAUUUGACCUUAGCUGAGCUCAAUGGCGAUCAUUUGGAUGCCUACGUGGAUUUGCUGAAUAUUGAGGAGUUGAUUGCGACGGAGCAAUUGAGUUCGUCGGGUCAUUCGUUGACACAUUUGGAGGUUUCGUCACCUUAUAGUUCGGAAAAUAACAGUGCCAUUCAAAGUUCUCCCGUCGUUCCCAUCCAAAUUUUCCAAUCGCUCACUCCGCAAACGCCGAACAACUCGCUCCAAUCGAAUUCCGGGUUUUACGACGACUUGGGAUCGUCCGCUGGCACGUAUAAACAACUUGAAAUUUCAACGCCAACCUAUUCGACUUCCCAAGCCUUCAGUCCGGGCAGCAACAAUUCCAAUAGUCUCAUUCUCAGUAGUUCCGUAACGCCGCCGCCGAAUCAACAGCAGCAAAUGUACCAACAACAGCCAUCGCCAAAUCUCUCGGGAAAUCCGGGAAAUGUCGGACUUGUGCAACACAACCCCAAAUAUACGCAAUACACGCAGCUCCAAGAGUUACUGAUGAAAAAAGAUCUGGCGAUUCAGCAUCGAGAACGCAUGCGAAUGGGUCAAUCUGUGCCCGGCCAUACUCGAAGCUCCAUCAGUUCACGAAAUCGUCUCGCGAAUUUGCAACAACAACAAUUACAACAACAACUCGGCAGCACGUCGCGUCUUUCGACAUCGGCCCCGACGCAUUCUGGCAUCAAUAUGGAUCAAAUUUGGCAACGACGUGAACCGCGCCCGCAUUUAUUGUCGACCGGAAGUUUGGCGGAAGCUGGAUCGACGUCGUCUUUGAGCACGGGAAGCGUUUUGAGUCCUGAAGCGCCCGAAUUUUCGCAAGAUGAGGGAUAUUCCGAUGAUGAUAGUCAUUAUGAUGAUUUCUCUUCGGAUGAUGGGGACUCGGAUACGGAACAGCAAGGAGGGCGUUCGCGUGCUGGCGGUAGUAAUAAUAACAAUAAUAGCAAGAAUAAGCGGUAUUUUUGGCAGUAUAAUGUGCAGGCAAAGGGCCCCAAAGGACAACGAUUAGUUAUUAAGACGCAGUUAGAAGAUCCGCAUGUACUCAACGAAAUUACAGAUCCCGUUUUUAGUCCCACGUGUUCUGUGCGUGGCAUUAAGCAUAGCGGAAAAGCACGAAAAGGCGACGGAAACGAUUUAACUCCAAAUCCGAAGAAACUCCAUAACAUUGGCAAGGAAUUAGACAAACUCGGGCGUGUCAUCAACGACAUGACUCCCGUAAGUGAGUUGCCAUUCAAUGUUCGACCAAAGACACGCAAAGAAAAAAAUAAGCUCGCGUCACGUGCAUGCCGUUUGAAGAAGAAAGCGCAACACGAAGCGAACAAAAUUAAACUGUAUGGUCUUGAAAAUGAACAUAAACGUCUCUUGACUGGAAUUGCCCAAAUGAAACAAAUUAUCGCGUCAAAAUGCCAACAACAAGGCAACCAAGAAGAAAUUCAACAAAAAGUUGAAAAAGUUGUCAAACAAGCAACAAAACUCAAAAUAGCUGGCAACUCAACAGAAUACGUAAAUUCUGUGCUUGAAAAGUUCAAAGGCGGAAAUGCCGCAAGUGCAUUGGAAGAGGGAUUAAUUCAACACACCCAUAACGAUAGUAAUAUCUAAACGAGCUGUUACUGAAAAAAAGAAAAGAUUGUUACCAGAGCAUCAUUUUGAUAAGAGAAAAAAAAUAAUUUUUCAUUUUUUUUAAGAAAUUUAAAUUUUUUUAUCUAGAAUAGCAAUUUAAGGCAAAAAUUUUGUAUUUUGUAAGAAUUUGGUGGUUUAUAAAAUUUAAGAUAACAUUUUUGAUUGAAUCAAAAAAUUAUUAAGUUUAGAUUUUUUUGUUUGAUUUUUAAAAUUAAUUUUGGUCUUUAACAUUUAAAAUUUUAUAAUAUUCCAAAUUUUCUAUAAAACUUAUGUAUACAUUAAAAUAUAUUAUAUAUAUUAAUUAUUAAAAGUUUGUUCAAA